GGCCCACGCGAUGCAUAUUUCCUUUCGAUUAUGACUGGGCCCAUAAACGGCCCAGUACCCUUCCACCACCCGACCCGCUGCCUAUAAAUUAUUCCCCCCUCACCACCCGAAACCCUAGUGGGGCUUCAGAACUCGACCUCUUGCGCCGCCGCCAUGACCUUCAAGCGCCGCAACGGCGGCCGCAACAAGCAUGGCCGCGGUCACGUCAAGUACAUCCGCUGCUCUAACUGCGCCAAGUGCUGCCCCAAGGACAAGGCGAUCAAGAGGUUUCAGGUGAGGAACAUCGUGGAGCAGGCGGCUAUCAGGGAUGUCCAGGAAGCGUGCGUCCAUGAUGGGUACGUCCUCCCGAAGCUGUACGCCAAGGUGCACCACUGUGUCUCGUGCGCGAUCCACGCUCACAUCGUCCGCGUCCGAUCCCGUGAGAAGCGCAGGGACCGCAAGCCGCCGGAACGCUUCAGGCGCAGGGAGGAUAGGCCGGCUGGUGGACAAGGAGGCCCCCGCCCUGGUCCUGGUCCUGCUGGUGCUGCUCCAGCUCCAGCACCAGUUGCUGCUCGCCCAUAGGUUUAGCCAUUGGACCGUGUGAAGUCUUCUGGCCUAAUCAGUUUCUGAGUUUUCACUCAUGGGUGUGUGAAGUUGCUAUAUUAGUGGUACUUUUGUCGAAAGUCUGAACCUUUGUUAAGAAUGAUCAUCAUUUGAAUGUUUGUCUUGGUUAUAAAUCUCACUUAAACGUCAGUGGGUUCCAUGAUAGUGUUGUCUCCUGUGAUUUUAUCUGUUAUUUCCGAGAGUUCUAUCUUC